UAUAUCCCUUUAGAUACACACCAAAGUAAUUUGGGACAACUUUUCGACCAUUUGGUGUUUUGGGUGUUCGAGAAAUACUGAUUUCUGUCUUGCUCUUGGAGAUUAUGCUUGCACUUUGGCUCUUUGAUUGAAUUUUCUACGUGUCAUCAGCAAAUGUUUCCUGUUUAUGCUGUAUACCCAGUACUAUACCGUGGAAACAAAUGCUGCAUUGUCUGCGGCAGUUAUCAUUAACAGCAACAACUAACACGUCAUCUCCAUCUUUGGAAGGUGGCUUAGGUGAUGAUAACACAACAAGUUCUUCCCCCACCGUUAACCUAUCACGAGCAUAUUCCCAUGCUGUGCAAACUUCUUCCUACGGCGAGAUAUGGUCCAAGGUCCAUCUUGAGGUCCCUUCUGACCUUAGUGUUGAGGCAGCACAAGUUGAAUUCCAAGAGGAGUCACUGAAAUUAGAAGAUGUCCUUAAACCGAAUCAUGAAAGCGUCCAAGAGGCAAUGUUGCAUAUAAAACAAGAUGCCCUAAACCAACUUAUCGCUAAGUACUUGGACGAUAGUGAGGAAACGACUCGUCUCUGUAUCCUUUUCUCUCAAAGUGUAAACCACUCUCGACUCUUGUAUGCUCCCAUUCAUAAGCUGCUCGAUGUUCUUACCUUGGAUACGGAGUCGUCCGGACAUUCCCUUUCGCAAGCUCAAUGCAAUUGGGCCUUCGACAUCUUCCUCCAAUUUGACAGCCUUACUAAUCCCUUUCCUAGACAAGACACCCAUAACUUCAACGACAUACGUCAUUGCUACUUCGAGCUAAAGCGUGAGCUCGACCUUCUUUUACACAAAUCACGUUCGAAGGUCCAAUUUCUCCGACAUGCUACCAAAGGCUCAGUCAUAUGUUUAGUUGGAGCUACUAUUGGAGUGAUCGUAACAGCUGUCACUAUAGCUUCUCACGCUCUUGUCGCCCUUGUAGCAGCAGCCCCGAUAUGCCCUGUUUGCCUCCCUUCAAAAAUGGGUAAAAAAGAACUAGUCCAUCUGGUGCAGCUGGAUGAUGCAACGAAAGGGAUCUUUUUCCUCCACAAUCAUUUAGAAACAAUAAUUUGCUUGGUGAACCGAUUAUAUGAUGCAGUGGAGUACUACAAGCGACUUGUUCGCUUUGCAUUAGAGAGAGGAAAAGACCGAUACCCUAUCCAGGAGGUAGUAAAGCAACUCCACAGGAAACAUAACAAUUUUCUGGAAGAGCUUUUGGGUCUUGAGGAGCAUUUGUGCCUAUGUUUUGCUGCUAUAAAUAAGGCCAGAGGCCAUCUUCUCAACUAUCUCCUUCAUCAAAAUCAGGAACCCGGAUAAUUUGUUCGUCUGAUACUAUCUGAUGCUGGAUGCCGCUCUAGUUUCACAGGGCAAGAGACAAGGAAAUUUUUGUAGUCAUCAGAAGCUGUUGAUGAGGAAGUGAGGAUUCAUAUAGCCGACCCCAACUUAUUUUGGACCCACCCAUAGUAGUUGUUGUAUCGGAAUCAGGAGAUUCGAAAGACUGUUGAUAGCUACAUCUCCAGCAAGAAGCUUACUAUUGUUAGGAGAUUUUGAUAUCCUGAUCACUCCUAAAACUAUAGCCCUUAGAGUAACUCUUUGGUGAAUCGAAAACUUAACGUGGGUUAUUAGCUAACCCGUUAUGAUUAUUAGUAUCUAUAGUAUUUUACAGUUAACGAACAGGUCUGAUAGGAGAUUCUUGAAGAGGAAUGCGGUUCGUGCUUCCAUCAUUUUCCAGUGUCGUCGGACGAUUGUUUAGAAGAACAUUUUUAUUUUUUUUGGUCAGCACAAGAUCUAACCAUACGCUGGCAUGUUGUACUCUUUUCCUCAGCUUAUGACAUGAUAAACAAAAUCAGUAUAAUGAAUGAUUGUUGCAGCA